AUGGCUGUUGAAGAAGAAGAAUGGAAUCCAACAAAUGAUUCAAGAAAUGGGUCACCUGAAUAUAAUGAAGGAACUGCCAAAAAAAGAAAAACAGCAACUCCAAGUGCUACAACAAUAAAAAAAUCCAAACAAAAUCAUCAAAGAUCAUCAUCACCUUCAUUAGAAGAGACACAAGAUGAUAUUGCUAAACAAUACAAAAGAUUCAUAUCUGCUCCUAAAUAUGAUUUGAACAGUGAAGAAUUAUUUUGUGUUUGUAGAAAACCAGAUUUAGGUGAAAUGAUGGUUGCAUGUGAUGGAUGUGAAGAAUGGUUUCAUUUUGAAUGUAUGAAAGUAAAUCCCAAAUAUUCUGAAUUGAUUGUUAAAUUUUAUUGUAAAUUUUGUCAAUGGAAAGAACUUGGUGAAUCUCAAUGGAAAAGGAAAUGUCGAAUUAUUGAUUGUUAUAAACCUAUUGAUAAUGGAUCAAAAUAUUGUUCUAAAGAACAUGGCUUACAAUUUAUGAAGAAUUUAUUAAUUGAUUCAACUACAAAAGAAGAUUCUCCAACUUCUCAAGAAUUAAAUUCAAGAUCAAUUAAAGAUAUUAUUAAUUAUGUAUCUGGUGAUUAUAAAAAAUUACAAGAUUUAGGAGCAAAGUUUCCUGAAUUGAAAUCAGUAGUGGAGUAUAAACAAGAUCCGAAAAAUUUGAACAAUUUCCCUGAAGACGUUAAACAUGAUUUACAAACUGUUCACCAAAAGUAUGAUCAAAUACAAAGUCAAAUUAAAGAACAAGAGGAAGUAUUAGAUACGAUGUCAACCAUGAAGGAGAAUAUAAAACAAGUCAAUGAAAGAUUAACUAAUAUUAUAUUCCAGGAUCUGAAUCAAGAUACUUCUCAAUCAUCAAAAAAGAAAAAGAAAAAGCCAGCUAAAGGUAAAAAGAAAAUAGAUCUUUGUCUAUGUGAUAAAUCAAAUCAAUAUUUAGUUAAACAAAUCAUUGAAUCAGAAUCAAUGUUUGAAAAAUUGGCAAAAAUAAUCAAGAAGCGAUACGCUGAAGAUGAAGACGAGGAUGAAGAGAAAGAAGAAGAAGAAGAAGAAGAAGAAGAAGUUGUAGAUUCUGAUUGGUUCAUGGAGGAUUUAUGUAUAAAGGAUAAAAAGAAAUGUGCGCGUCAUAAUGGAUGGUGGAAUCUUUAUAAUGAUGAAGCUGAGAAUAAUCUAGAACUGAUGAAAGUGAAAUCGAAUACUAUAUCAGAACAAGAAGAAAAAAUUCUACGGAACUAUUCAGUUAAAGUUUAUGAAUCAUAG